AUGGUAGACGUUGAUACAAGUUCAAAUCCUGAGUGGGCUUCGAUAAUACAGGAGUUAAAUAUAUCUAAAACAGUUAACGAACUAGAAAAAAUUGACAUUGUUGGUAAGUAUCUAGAUUCGGUUGAUAAGUGGGAGUCGUUCUAUGAAAUAUAUGUAAAGUGGAUGGGGUUUGGCAAAAGGUCAAAUGUCGUGAAGAGAAGAAAUGGGGUAGUAUCAAUGAGAAGGUGGGUUUGUACAAGAGAAGGUUAUAGAUGGAGUGAAUAUGUGGAUAUGCCCAAUCGCAAAAAACAAUCAAGACCAAUCAUAAGAUCUGGAUGUCAGGCAGCUCUCAGAGUGGUUCACUUGAAAGAUAACGACUUAUGGUUGGCAAAAGAAUUUAGCCACGAACAUAAUCAUGAAAUGGUAUCGGUCCCUGAGUUACAAUUCCUCAAGAAUAAUCGUGUGGUGUCUGAUGGUUUGUUUGCACAAGUUCAUUCGAUGAACUCAGCCGGGAUAAAAACUUCUCAAAUUAUGUCCCAUAUUGCUAUGCAGUCGGGAGGUUAUGAGAGAAUGCCAUGUCAAGUCAGAGAUGUGUACAAUAGAGUAGCAGGAGCAAUUAGGGAAGAAAAACUGGAAACUGAUGCGGAAGGUGCAUUAGGAUUCUUGGAUUGUCUUUCUGCGCGAGAUCCAAACUUUUUUGUGUACCACCAAGCUGACACAGAAAACAGACUCGCCAACGUAUUCUGGGCCGACGGAACUGCAAGAAUUGACUACCGGGCAUUUGGGGAUGUGAUAGCAUUUGACACAACGUACAUGACCAACACGUACAACAAGCCAUUGUGCAUUUUGAUGGGUGUCAACCACCAUUUCUCAACUUGUGUUUUUGGGUUUGCGUUGCUCAUAAAUGAAAAAAUGGAGACUUACUCAGGGAUGCUAAGAGCAUUCUUAGAAUGUCACCAUCAAAAAAAACCUUCAGUCAUCGUCACUGACGGGGAUAAUGCAAUGCGUGAGGCAAUAAAAGAAAUACUUCCAGAAUCCACACAUCGAUUAUGUGCUUGGCAUCUAAGAACAAAUGCAUCUAGGGCUGGUAAUGAUCCUGGAUUCACGAAAGCAUUCAAUAAUUUGAUGUACUCAUACUACAACGAGGAGGUGUUUGAGAACAAAUGGAAAGAGUUGAUGGAGACAUAUCAAAUGGAAGACAACGAAUGGUGCCAACUCCAAUACAGAAGAAAGCGAAUGUGA